CAAGCUCGUAAACAUUCUACUUUAAGCGUUCAAACUGUCAGAAAGCGGAAGGAAGAGCUCGAGAAGAAGAUUUUCAUUACCUAUUCUUCCUCUCCUGAAGCUCAGUCCCAGCCAUCUACACCAGUAACUACUGAAGUCGAAUCCGCUCUAGAGAUCAACGUUGACAGUUCUGCGAGCCCUGAACCUGUUGCUGACCAGAAUGUCUCUCCCGUAACUGCUGUUUCCCCUGUCCUUGAAGUCCUUGCUGGACCUUCUGCCCAGACUCAGGUAAUAACACAUACAUUUCAGUCACGCAAUUUACGAGAGAGAAAAAGACGACGGAGUCUACAACUGGACUCUGACACUGAGGGAUCAGACAGUGAUACCAACAGCGACAGCGACUUUGAGCCUGACCCGAGAUUUUUGGAUUUUUUAACGGAUUCGAAUCGAGGCGACACAUUCAACAGGAAAAUCUCACCGGUUCGAACGCUCAAAUGACACCACCAGCUAAGAAAGGGAGAUACAACUUAAUGAAACUUGAAAAUCUCGCUCCUCGAUUAGCCGCAGAACAGUUAUCAAACGGGACUGCAGCCCGUUUUCUCAGCAAAUACAACGAGGUAGUCGGGAUACAGGAGCAGGUGACAGAAAAGAAGAUCCGGAACAUACGGGCUAAGUCCAGGGGAGCUUUACUGGAUAACCUAAAGGGUACAGCAGUCGAAGCCCUGUAUUUCGACGGAAGAAAAGAUAGAGGAACCCUCCUCAAAGACUCAGACGAAGUUCUCCGGCGCCAAGAAGAAGAACACAUUACUUUGGUGGAACAGCCGUCCGGUCGAUAUCUUGGUUUCGCCACUCCUGACAGCGGAAGCGGAGUCGACACUGUCAGAGCCAUCGGAGAACAUUGUAAGGAGCUCGGAAUUGACAUAAGUGGACUUAAGUGCUGCGGCUGUGACGGGACGAGCACUAACACAGGAAGACAUUCGGGAGUUGUCGUCCUCUUGGAAAAGAAGCUGGGGAGGGAACUGCAGAGAAGUGUUUGCUCAUUACACAGGAUAGAACUACCCUUCCGGCAUUUCUUCACCUCGCUCGAUGGAGUCACGACCGGACCUAAUUCUUUCUCCGGCCCCAUCGGGAAGCUUGCUGCUGGACCGGUUCACCAGAUGGCGUCGAGGAAGUUUGUCCCACUCAGAGCCCACACCUUCUCCCCUCUUCCUGAUGGUGUUGUCAAGAAACUGAGUUGGGACCAGAAGGUUCUCUACCGCCACGUUUUAGCUGUUCAAACCGGGGCACUACCACCUAAGCUCGCAGGAACAGAAAUUGGCCCCCUCUGCCACGCCAGGUGGAUAACAUUCCAGAGCAGAAUCUUAAGAUUAUUCAUGUCUGGCGGAGUCCCGGGUAAUGUAAUGGGUAAAUUAAGAAAAUUAGCAGAAUUUUGGCUACUGCCGUUGUGCAUGAAGAUUGUGAUAGUCAAGAUGUUUGGUCAUCUGUUUCUGGACGCUCUUUUCAAUGAGUUUCGAGAGGAAAGGAUCAGUGAGGUCUUCGACAUGGAUAUUGAAGUCUCCAGCAAUGAUCAGUCUACCUGGAAGCACACUCUCAACAUGUUCAAAGGAUUUAUGGGUCUUUGUAGGGCGUUUAUUGAAGCUAAGAUCUUUCUUAAAGGCAAUAGCGACACCACCUCCUCUACCAGCUCUAGAUUGGUGAACAAUAUUAUAGCCUAG